CAAGCUUAUAGCUGCACGAUAACAAUCAUUAGUGAAUUUCAUGCAUAUCUGAUUCAUCCUCGAUACGCAUAGUCGACUUGCCUAAAACUGAAUCACCUUGACAGUCAAGUUUUUCGAUAUAAUUAAUUUUUAGACCUUCAUUCAUUAUUUUCAGUUCCUAUUUGAAUUUGAAAUUGAUACGGACGCAUUCGAUGUUUUGGACUGAUAGGUUCAGUCUCUUUCAAGUUCACAGCAAAUAUUGAGAUAUUGUGUGUUUCAAGAUGUAUAACAAUACCAAGAUGCAAAAUCCAUCAGAAAUGCUGACUAACCUCAGGAAUUCCUUCAAUAGCGGUAAAACUAGGUCACUGCAAUUCCGAGAGAAACAACUGAAUAAUAUAAUCAAACUCAUUGAUGAAAACACAAACCUCAUAUUGGAUGCCCUACAUGAUGAUCUGAACAAAAGUAAACAAGAAAGCAUGGUGUGCGAGAUAGAGAUCCUUAAGAAUGACGCUUUGCACAUGAUACAUAACCUAUCCCAAUGGACCAAACCAAAAUCAGUCGAAAAAGAUUUGGUCAACAUUAUGGAUAAAGUUCAGAUUUUGCCAGAACCUUAUGGUGUAGUCCUCAUCAUUGGAGCUUGGAAUUACCCUUUGACUCUAGCUAUAUCUCCUCUUAUUGGUGCCAUAGCUGCUGGAAACUGUGCUAUAUUGAAACCGUCAGAGCUAUCGCCAGCAACAGCCAAAAUAAUUGCCGAAUUAUUGCCCAAAUAUCUGGACACAAAUUGUUACAAAGUGUUCUUAGGGGGUCCUGCAGAAACUCAAGAACUAUUGGAACACAGAUUUGAUUAUAUUUUCUAUACUGGAUCAACAAGAGUUGGGGCAAUAGUAGCAAAAUCUGCAGCCAAGCAUUUGACACCCACUACUUUGGAAUUAGGUGGCAAAAGCCCCUGUUUCUUGGAUACGACGGUAGAUAUAGAUAUAGCUGCUGCGAGGAUAUUUUGGGGUAAAGCACUCAAUUCCGGACAAACCUGUAUCGCUCCAGAUUAUAUGUUAUGUACCCAAGAAGUCGAAAAGAAAUUUAUAGAAGCUUUUAAGAAAGCCCAGACCAAGCAAUUCGGUCAAGAUAUGAAGGAUUCGCCAGAUUACUGCAGAAUUAUUAACAAUAAUCAUUUUAAUAGGAUUUUGGGUCUUUUGGAAGGACAAGAAAUAGUCCAUGGGGGAAAUCAUGACGCCAGUCAGCGUUACAUUGAACCAACCAUUUGCGUCAACGUUGAUCCUAAUAGUGCGUUGAUGAAAGAAGAGAUAUUUGGUCCGAUUUUGCCCAUUAUUAGGGUUGAUAAUGCAGCUGAAGCCAUUAAUUUCAUCAAUGCCAGAGAGAAGCCAUUAGCACUGUACGUCUUUUCCAACGAUAAAAGUAUUGUAAAUCUAUUCGAAAAGCAAACAUCAAGUGGUGGAGUAUGUGUUAAUGAUACUAUUAUGCAUUUCGCUUGUGAUGCUCUACCAUUUGGAGGAGUUGGAAAUAGUGGAAUAGGAGCGUAUCAUGGAAAAUUCUCAUUUGAUACUUUCUCCCACCAAAAAGCUAUUCUCGAGAAACCGCUCGAUAAGUUUGGAGAAAUGUUGCAGAGUGUGAGAUAUGCACCAUAUAAUGAUGGAAAAAUCAGGACCUUGAGCUUACUGACCAGAAAAAGGCAGCUUCCUAUUCCCAGAGAAUACUUCUCGCAAAUACUUUUGGUUCUUUUUGGAGUGUUUGUUAGUUAUUUAUAUUUCACGAUGAUGCAGAAGGAUUGUUGAACUUUUAGGGAUAAGUUUUUUCCUUCGAGAUGAAGUGAUAUCUACAAAACGCCUUAAAAAAAAUAUGAUUUCGUAUUAGAAACUAUGCUUGGUAGCAGGUAUGGAUUGUGAAUAGCUGGGAGGUAACAACUUGCUUAACUCUUCAGAUGCAAAUUCAAAUAUCAAGACUUAGAUAAUGAAAAUAAUGUCUAAAUUAUUAUUCUCAGUUCUAAUAUUGAAAUGAUGUUUGUGUUAAAUAUCACAACUUUACAUAUUUGUUAUUUUAUAUAUGUCUGUGACUUAUAAUUUGUAUGAAAUAUAGAGAUGUAAUUGUAAUAAAACCAUUAGAUAUA